UCACGCAUGCGCAUAAAAGUGUCGAUGGCGCGCGUGCGUUAGAAAAUCCCGCGAUUGGAACGAUUGUGUCGCGACGCUUACGCGAUUCAUCACGCUCACGCAAUCGCAAGUUUUAAAGUUUGGAUGUCGUUAAAGUCGGAAUAUUUCGCGCGCUCGCGCACGCAAGGUCGUCAUCGGCGAGAGUUUCCGUUUCCCGGACGACGGGAAAUACCACGAUAGCACAACAAUCAACGCGAACCUGCCGUGGACGGACACUGUCGCGAUUGAGGAUGUCGUUCGUCGAACAACCACCGCCGUCACUCGAACGGGAGAUCGCAGUGCCAGCCAGGCUGCCGAUAAUCCUGAAGCAAUUCUGCAAGGCUGCGAUACGCACACAGCCUUACGAUCUGCUCAAGUGGUCCGGCAUGUAUUUCCGUGCGCUGGCCGACGGCGAAGAGCCGCCAGUCAAGUCGCGACUCGAGUAUCCGCCGCCGAGCACGACCUCCGGCUUGACUCUGGGCUUUCUCAAAGUCCUGCUGCGACAAUUCGGAAAUUACAACAGGACGCUGCCCAUCGAAAUGAUCUCGCAUCGUUGGGACUGCCUGUGCCUGAAUCGCAAGGAUUUUGACACGAUUGUCACAAUUGGUAGAUUCGAUCGUGCCUGCCAGGUGAAGAAGUUUCUCGCCGUGGCGGUGGGUCUGCUCGGCGCCAAUCUCACCGAGACGAUGAUCAUGGUCUGCCAAUUAUUCAGCCACGAGCCGGAUGGCGGAUCCGCGAUGAUUCCGCUCACUUUGUUCUUAGAGAUAUACGAAUAUCUAGCGGAACUCGCAUGCGACGGUAACGAGAAAUACACACUCGAUCAAGAUACAACAGAGCAUACCGCGUGCAAAGACAGUUCCGUCGAUCAUACUUGUUCUAUAAAUAGCCAGGACACAGACGCGGACGUUAAUUUGGACUCGGAGUUAAUAUCUAAGGACGAAGUUGAUCUGUCGAAGACCGAUUCAUCGACGGAGCCGAUAGAGAAUAGUUCGUUUGAAAGAGAAACUAGUAAUUAUGAAGAAAAGGGAGAUGAAUCUUUAUCUAGUCGAAAGGACGACGGUAAAGCGGUAAAAGAUGCCAAUAUGGAUGCCAGUGAUGGAAGCCUAUCUUUUGCAGUGAAAAGAGAUACGAAGAUUACAUGUUAUCCGAAUGUGCCAGGUAUAGGACCUCGUUUGUCAGCCGAACGAAUCGCGAACGUAACGGCGUGGAUGCUCAAGUGCGCAAAACUGCAAGAGGGUAUGGUUGGUCCGCGGAAUAUUCGACAUACAAACUGUCCGUCUUUGCAUGAGCGAUCGACAUUAGAGUCGUGAUAACACCUGGUUGU